AUGGCUGGCGGCAGUACCUUUACCUGGAAGCAUGCACUGCAGCUGCAUAGCACACUCUCGCCCUUCGCCUCUCCGUUGCCGCAGACCCACUCUGCGUUCGUUGGUAUCAAGCCAUUGUCAUGGCGGCGAUACAAUAUUGCUGGCCUGCUUGUGACGGUGUACGGCCUGGAGGAACUUUCGUCGAACGCUACCCAGGGAACAUGUCUAUGGCUGCUCCAUGGGCGCGGCGACACCCAAGACAGCAUGGCGUACACAGCUGCUGCUUUGCUUCAUGCUUGGUAUAUCAAGCGAAAACCAGGCCAAAAGGACGUCAUUGCCGUCUGCAUCGACCAGCGCAAUCAUGGAAGCCGAAUGAUCGAUGACAGAGCGAAUGUCAGUUGGAAGCAAGGAAAUCCGAGUCAUGGUCCUGAUAUGUUCAAUCUCUACUCUGGUACAGCAUCUGACGUCUCACUAUUGAUCGACCAACUACCGCACUACCUCCCCAUCAAGAUCACAGAACACAUAUGUGGUGGUGUCAGUCUUGGUGGCCACGCCACAUGGCAGCUGCUCCUAGGAGACCCUCGUAUCACUGCUGGUCUGGUUGUGAUAGGGUGUCCAGAUUAUGUCCGCCUCAUGACCGAUCGGGCUAUCCGGAGCAAGUUGCCCUCCUGUGUGUCAUCAGAUCCGCCUGGGAAGGAUUUCUUGGGUAGCUCGGACUUUCCGCCCUCUCUUCUCGCAGCAAUUGAUGAGCGAGAUCCCGCUGGUAUUCUCUUGGGCGAACUGGACACGGUGACGGCUGAUGAUCAUCUGCAUCCGCCGUCGAGAGCGGAGCAGGAGAGAUUACGAGCAAUUUUACUUCAGAGACUUGCUGGUAAGAAGAUCCUUGCUCUUGGUGGCGGUCAAGAUCGCUUGGUGCCACCUGCAUGCGGCGAGCCUUUGUUGAAUUGGUUGAGGCAAGCAAUCUGUCCGCAAAAUGGCUGGGCGGGAAAUUUGGGUAUUGAAGUCGACGUCAUUAUCGAUCAGAAGGCGAGGCACGAAUUCUCGAAGAAGAUGAGGAUCGAGGCUGAGAGGUGGUUUUGUGAGUUGCUUGCUGGCGAGAGUGCAAUCGUCAAGCGGGACAGCAAGCUCUGA